AUGUCCAUCAUCACAAAUAUUGGAUCAGAGGAAAUAUUGGAUAUUACAGAUGAUGAAAUUAAACUCGCUCUAUGUCAAAUGAAGGGCGGCCGCGCGUCGAAUGGUAAGGAUGGAAUAACUCAAGAAAUGUUACAACUUGAUGAGUCUGUAACCUUAUACUCAUUAAAUAUUCUUCUAAACAAAUGUCUACAAACCAGUAAGGUCUAUGACAACUGGCAAAAUGCACAUCUUUCAUACAAAAAGGGAGACAAAUUAAACAUUGAAAACUACCGACUCAUAAGCCUUCUGCCGCACUCAUAUAAAUUACUUACUAAGAUCAUUAUCAAUAGACUAACAAACAAAUUCGACUCUUAUCAACCGCCAGAGCAAGCGAGAUUCCGCAAAGAUUAUAGCACAAUUGAACAAAUACAAAACAUCAAAACAUUAAUCGAAAAAUGCACAGAAUAUAACGUACAAAUCCACUUAGCAUUCAUUGACUACAGUAAGGCUUUCGACUCCUGGAGCUAUAGGCCAUAUUUGAGGCAAUGA